CCCCUUCCCCUCGACCAGCGGAAGAGUUCACGGACGCUCAUAAUAACGCUACAGCAUGGCUGCCGAUCCCAAGGCGCAAGCUCUCUUUCAAAGGCUCAAGCGCGUCUGCGUGCCUCUCAUGGGCACUCCCCCCCUCGCACCCUCCAACAUACCAACUGCCUCCAAGCUUCUGACGGAGCUCCUCGAUAUACUGAAGCAUAAUCAGCCGAAUAUCCUCUCACCCAACCUCAUCUCGUACAUCUUCUUCCCGCUAUCCACCUUACUGUCGAAGAAUAACUCGGAGGCCAUCCCCGAUCAGAUACUCGAGAAGAUCUUCCUCAUCCUGACUAUACUCUGCGAAGACUGGUGGUGGGACUGCGACAUGAAGAUCUGGGAGCAGUUAUUCAUGCUCGCCGGAGCUGUACUUGGCGGCAUCGACGUGAAGGGGAAGGGCAAAGCACGCGACGAAGAGACGAAGGAGGCGGCUAUCCGCUGCAUACUGUGUCUCGUGCGCCCUCGAGAUGCUCAGGACGCUGCCCGACGCGGUGUACAGGUCGAAGACGCGUUCGAGAGACUGGAAGAGUUGCGAUUCUACGCGCAAAUGCCCAAAUUCAUACCGAUCCUUGGACAGACAAUAAAUUCGCUCAUCGAGACCGCGUUGACCCCAAACAUAUCUUUGACCCUUGCAUGCCUGCAAACGCUACAUGUCCUCGUCAAAGACUAUAUUCCGGACGAUCUGGCACCAUCAAUCCUGCCUGGCGUCGUCAGCACCUCGACGAAACUUGCUCUAGGGAUGGCCGGAAAGAAGGGAUGGGUCAAUGGCGAUGUCGUAGCCGCGUCUCUAGAAGUCCUUACAGUCAUCGUGGUACGGUCGGUGGGCGACGAGAUCUGCGCACAGGAGGGCGCUAUCAAGGUCUUCACAAGCUUGGACGAUCUCAAGAACCUUGCAAGCGAUGGGUUAACGCAAGACAGGCCCACGCGUCCCUUUGCCACGCAAAGAACACCGACAUGGCUGCGAGGAACGGCGACGCAGCUGCAUAUUGCACUCAACUCAUUGACACCUCUCAUUUCACAUCCAACGGCGUCUGCGCUGCUUGCACUCACGAAAUGCGCGGCCACCUUGCUCGUAUCCACAUCGUCGACGCUACCGCAAUCCCAGACCCUGUUGCUAUCCCUCCUUCUGGCGCUUUCCAACUCAGACUACCCUUCAGUCUCGCAAGAGGCACGCAAGUCACUCAUCUCCGCCGUCACGUCCACAUCGCGAACACAGCAUACAAUAUUGCAAACCCUCAUGAACAUCACCCGCGACAACCUCACCUCCCUACCGCGCCUCCUCACCUCCCAAGCGGACGCCAAAGUCGAGCACGUCGCUGGCCUCGUCGAAGCCGUUUGCCGGCUAUCCUAUGCGGAGGAAGCGACUGACAGUCCAGCGCUACAUGCCAUCUCCACCGGUGUCGGCAAGCUUCUUGGACCAUCCGGAGGUAUCGAGAAGUGGGGAUGGAGCCUUCUCUCUGUAUUGGAGUUCGUCGAGCCUGCGGUCAACGUCGCGCGCGCACCUACGACCGCGCUUCUCGAGAACGACGCCGAUGCGGCGUCCUGGGUCUCCUUCCCGGAAGUGCCGUUGAAGAGCCUCACAACACGCAGCGCCGCUGAUGCAGUGAUGCGCAUGUUUCGUGCUCUUGGCAGAGCGGCGGGCGAGCCAUGCCUCUAUGCCAUCGAGUGGUUCGCCGGCGUGGGCCAGUCGGGCAGAGAUAGCGAUGCGGUUGCGGCAGUUUGGUGCGCUUCCCGGCUACUGGAGGGCGUGGCAAAUAUAUCGUUGUCCGCGGAAGCGGCCAAUGAUGUGCGAUUGCGACCUGUCAGUAAGCGAUUGUCGAAGCUGGCGAGGUCACUCGCCACGACAGUUUCCGAGGUUUGGGAUGACGGGGACGCCGACGCGGAGACAAAAACCGCGCCGGAGAAGCCAGAGAAUCCGGAGGUCAACAGUACGGUGCAGCACGUACAAGGCCUAUACCCACUGCAAGACAAUCUCAAGAUCAUUAAGUCCACACCUAUGCAGCAGUAUCGGUCCAGCAUCCAACCCAUUCUCCAUCGCACGCUGCUUAUUCAACUCCUUGCUGUCAUAGCUGGCGUACUGCAAGCCAGAUUCAAUCAGACGCUAAUUCGGACGCUCUACCCCAUUUUGCAUUCGCUGGUCUCCUCAGUGCCCUUGCUGUCCGCCACCGCACAUGCGGCACUGAACUUCAUUGCCAUCAGCGCGUCCUACGCCUCUCCGGCCAACCUGCUGCUCGCCAACUUCGACUACGCACUUGAUGCGGUUGGACGGCGUCUUACAAGACGAUGGCUUGAUCUCGAUGCGACGAAGGUGCUAGUCAUUCUCGUGCGCCUUGUUGGCAGUGAUGUCGUCGAUCGUGCAGGGGACGUCGUCGAGGAGUGCUUCGAUCGACUGGACGAGUUCCAUGGGUACGAUGUGCUCGUGGAGGGACUCAUCCAGGUGCUUGGAGAGGUCAUCAAGGUCAUCGAGGUUGAGGACAACGCGAUGAAGGAAGAUGGGCCAAAGGCACCCAAAGCAGACGUACUGGUAGACCGUGAGCGCUUCGAUGCCUUCUUCGAGUGGUACACUCGCAGGAACGAUAUCGAUUCCGACGACGAAGACACUACCGAUUACGGUCCCGCCCCUCGACACGCCUGGGGUGAACCGGAGGACGCCGAUGAAGAGCCCAAGGAGGAUGAAGCACCCAUGGACACCUCCGACGACAACGUCCCGCCCACACCAAUCCAAGCCCUCACCACCCAGAUUGUCGCCCGCUCCCUCUACUUCCUCACGCACGGCGCGCCCUCCAUCCGCGCGCGCAUCCUCAGGCUCCUCGCCUCCGCCGUACCCGUCCUCCCUGAAAGCGCCCUGAUGCCCGAGAUCCACCGCGCGUGGCCAUUCAUCCUGAACCGCCUGUCGGAUCGCGAGACGUUCGUCGUGACCGCCGCCGCGGGGCUCGUCGAAGCCCUUUCGGCACACGUAGGCGACUUCAUGUUCCGCCGCAUCUGGGACGAUGUGUGGCCGAGGUUCCAUGCGAUGCUGGGACAGCUGGACCGUGCGGACUCGCAGAGUGCGCUAGCGAGACGCGGCGCAGGAAUUGCGAUUGGAACAGAAUCCGCGUACACGCACUCCCAUAGGCUGUAUCGGUCGCUGCUGCGGACGAUGACGGCGGCCGCGCGGGGUGUACAGCCGCAGGAUUCGUCGUUGUGGGAGGUGAUCGUAGACUUCCGGCGUUUCCUGCAUGUAGGGGCACACGAAGAGCUGCAGCGAUGCGCGAGAGACCUGUACCUCGCAAUCGGCCUGCGCAACGCGGACGAGGCAUGGCUCGCAUUGGCUGGCACGUCAGGAGAGGUCGCGUCGACCGUAGCCUUCCUCCGCGAACCACGAUGGGACAUCACGGCGAACGCGGCGCUCAUCUGUCAGGGCUUGGACGAGGGCGAGGGAGGAGCGAAGUGA